AAUUUCCUAUGAUGCACCUCAAACAACUUCCUGGACGGGGAUCCCUGCUAAAUAUAGCUGUUUCUCUCUCUGUCUUACAACACAGGCUCCAGUAUAUAAAUCAGGCAAAUUCCCCAUUUGAGCAUGAACCUCUGAAAACUGCCGGCAUCUAAGGUCUCCUCCAAGGCCCUCUGGAGUUCAGCCCAUAAUGAAGGUCUUGGCGGCAGGAGUUGUGCCCCUGCUGCUGGUUCUGCACUGGAAACAUGGGGCAGGGAGCCCCCUUUCCAUCACUCCUGUCAAUGCCACCUGUGCCACACGUCACCCAUGUCACAGCAACCUCAUGAACCAGAUCAAGAACCAGCUGGCGCAGCUCAACAGCAGUGCCAACGCCCUCUUUAUUCUCUACUACACAGCCCAGGGGGAGCCAUUUCCCAACAACCUGGACAAGCUGUGCGGCCCCAACGUGACCAACUUCCCGCCCUUCCACGCCAACGGCACCGAGAAGGCCCGGCUGGUGGAGCUGUACCGCAUCAUCGCCUACCUUGGCGCCUCCCUGGGCAACAUCACGCGGGACCAGAGGAGCCUCAAUCCUGGCGCUGUGAACCUGCACUCCAAGCUGAACGCCACAGCGGACAGCAUGCGAGGCCUCCUCAGCAACGUGCUCUGCCGCCUGUGCAACAAGUACCACGUGGCCCAUGUGGAUGUGGCCUACGGCCCCGACACCUCGGGCAAGGACGUCUUCCAGAAGAAGAAGCUGGGCUGUCAGCUCCUGGGGAAGUAUAAGCAGGUCAUCUCUGUGCUAGCCCGGGCCUUCUAGAUGGAAGGUCCCCUAGCACCCUGUGACCUGAGGUCUUAGACUUAGGUGACUCUCAAACUGUGGCCGGGGCCCAGAACAUCACCAGACCCAAGUGGGGGUUGCUGACAGACCCGGGAGGGAGGGGGAGCAGUUCUUAGCUGUCUCCUCUCCUCGGGGGUGGGCUGUGAUGAAGCAGAACCCAAACUCCCGGAGGCAGAACCAACUAGAAGAAGGCAUCCCUUGUUCUGGGAGACUGCAGCCAGGCAUUGGUGUUGGGCUGCCCCCUCCACCACCACCACCUUGUUCCCUCAGUCAGAGUCUUCAUGAUCACAUCACCCAAGUCAUCUGCAGUGACCCUGACCAUGGGGUGAGACAGCAGGAGUUGGAGGCAUGUCCCAGCCCCCAGCAGAAGGACCACCUUCAGUGCCUUUGCUGCCCCUUAGGUAGACUUUGAAAGGUCUGGUUGGAACUCAGGCAGCGCAGAGGGGCUGGGAUCCUGAAAGAUCCUUGGCCCCUACAAGUAUGGUGAGUGAAAGGGUAGAAAGGGAGCUUGGUUUGAGAUGCUGCCUUACCUUGGGCGUGAUUGGAGAGUUCAGGCCUAGGACUGUCAGGUGGAAAGUUCUAGAAGGAGGUCACUGGCCUUCAGGCUCUUGGGGAGGCGGAGAGGCCACCUUUAGGCCCGGGAAGGAAGAGAAGCCCUGAAAGUCUUGGCGGGUUCUCCUUCCUUGAGCCUGCAGUCUUCCCUGCAGUCCAGGAUGGCCGGGGGCUGGUGGCUGGACCUGGAGGUGGGGUGUGUGGAGGCGGGCGGGUUGUGCAAUCAAGUGAGGAGGGCCUGAGGGAACCCAGAGUCUUCCUUGUGGGCAAGGGUCUGUAGGGAGGGGCGGAUGGUGUAGUUCUGCAUGGUGGCUCACAUCUGAGGCCCAUGGAGGCCCCGUGAGGUCACAUACAGGUACUUGAGGGGCACCAGAGGCCAUCUCUAGCCACUGGAGCAAGGAGAGAGCAGAAGUUGAGGUCGGGGUCUCAGGAAGCCUGACAUCCAGCAGUGCUAGUGUGUCUGACCCAGCAUGAUUGUCUAUUUAUUUUGAUGCCCUAUUUAUAUUAACUUAUUGGUGCUUUAAAUAGCAAAGUUAAUUCUCCUUUUCCUGCUCCCUCUCCAACAAAAAUAAUAUGAUGGCUCCUUCUAUGGGAGCUGGGGUCAGCCUUACCAGGGCCUGGUCUGGAAUUCAAAGCAGGAUGUUACCAGUGGGAUAAGCCUUAGGGGUGAGGCUCAGAAAAGGGUCAGGAGCUGAGAGAACUGGUCAGUCCAGGUGGGGGCUGGGGAUCUUGCUGCAACCCCUAACUCAACUGUGACUUGCUCUGGGGUUAUCGGGAUCCCGGUUGCAAGGCAGGCAGGGCCGGUUUGUGGAGAGGCCAAGGGGCCUUUUCCUAGGGCCACUGUGUUGCUUGGCUCCAGGGGGCUCAUUCCAUCAUGUUCUCUGGUGCCCCCUGGAAUUGUGCUGUUAGAGGCAACAUUCACGGUGGAGGUGGCACCCCCGGAGCAGCGGGCAAGUCACCCCUGGUGGCCUGCCCUGCUGCUGCUUCCUUGUCCCCAUGCUGCCUCUAGAUCAGCUGUCCAGGGGCCCUGCGACAGUCCUGACCCAGCACCCAGCAUGCUCACACACAGCAGGGAUGCGCCUUCCCGGGUGGCCCGAACACCCACAGAGGGCAAGAGGGCCUGGCUGGACCUCAGGAAGCUGGGGCAGUGCAGGGAGGAGGCCACUGCUCUGGAGGGGAGGACGAGGAGGCCCUGGGCCGCAGACCAGGAAGCUGUGGUCCCUCCUGCCCCACCUCCCCCCACACUCCCACCCAUGUCUGGGCUCCCAGGCAGGGAACCCGAUCCUUUCCUUUGUGCUGGGGCCAGGCUAGUGGAGAAACGCCCUCCAGUCUGGGAGCAGGGGAGGAGGGCCCAGAGCUGGGGCAGCUGCUAAGAGCAGGGUUCUGGCUUCUUCUCAAACCCUGAGCAGGCAGCGAUCCUAGCAGUUCAGCCAGCAUGAUUAUGGUACUUUGCACUCACUUUGCACCUCUCUGUCUCCUCUAAGCACUUUACCCAUCGGAUGGCAGGUGGGCAGGCAGCAGGCCGGGCCCGAGGCUUGGGCUCCUGGGCCGGAGGUGGGAGCUGUCUGUCCCAUUGGCAAGAUGAUUUUGGGACGGGUGGCAGAGGAGACCAUGAUGGUGACAUGUUUUCUGACACUGCCUUAAUGUGGGGCACACUCAGCCUUGUCCAGGAUCUCAGCCUGCUGCACCUCCAUCGCUCUGCUUUUUCAGUGAAUGCGGCUCGAAAGGCUUGGGGCUGGCCGGCCUCCCAUCAUCUCAUCACCCCAUGGACAUGGACCCCCUGCCCCCAUGCCAGGCCUACUCACCUGGGCAGCUUCUGAGGUUUGGGGACCAAGCAAUUCUCCUCCCCUAGGCCCAGCACAGCCCUCGCCUCCCCAGCCCUGGCUCUGCUCCUCACUCCAUCCUCAGUGCUCUGUGCGGACCCAGUCUGGCUGAUGGGUACUCACGUUGCAUAGCAUCUCUGAAUUCUGGAGCUCUUGUUUGGAAAAAGUUUUGCAGGGCAGGAAGCUGUCCACUUCCUCCUUUAUUUCAUCUGCUGGUUUUGACCCCCACCUGCAUCCUGGGUCACAACCCCAGCCCGUGGAGGAGGGAGAGGCCGGCAGCAGAGGAGGGGGUAGGACAAUCAUUUUGCAAUUUAUUGAAAGAGGAGUAGUGGGGACCUUAUUUAUUUAAAAACUUUCUAAAUGAGAAAGCACCACUAUUUAUUUGUCUCUCCUCCUCCUUGUUCUCCUCCCCUCUCUCUUUGUCCCUCCUUGGGGAUAUCUUCCCUGACAGAACUGGUCCAACUCUGCCUCACUGGCUCUCCAGAUGGACAUAGCGUGUGGGGCUAGAGGCCAGAACCAAGUGAGAAGUUGAUUUCCUUUCAGAUGGUACAGAUGUUCUUACUUCCAGUCACCUCCCUUGACCCCCGCCCCGCCAGCCCCUCACCCUCAUCCCAGUAUCUGGGCAUCCCUCCCAUCCGCACCGCUGCAUCCUCCCGUGUUUGCCUCCCUCCUUUCUACUGGAAAGGACUUGGCCUUGGGGGACAAAUUCCUCUUUGAUGAAUGUACCCUGUGGGAAUGUUUCAUACUGACAGGUUAUUUUUAUUUAUUCAAUGUCGUAUUUAAAAUAUUUAUUUUUUAUACUGAAGAUCACUUUUUUUAAUGAAG